AUGCAGGCACCUUUCAAGUCCCUUAUAUGCAAUGCGAUUGACAAGGACGUUGGUGAGUUCACACAAUGUCGAAUCAAUUUAGUGGGUCGCAAUAAAAAGGUUGCUAAUAUACACUAUUUACCGAAGAUAAUCAUCGACGACUUCGAAGCUGAAGGUCAAUUUUAUCAACGAACAAACGGCUGGCAUCCGUUUUUAUACAAAAUCAAGUUCAAUCCAUGUGAAUUUAUGAUCAAGCCUUAUAAUUUUCUUGCUAAGUUGGCUUACUCCUACAUUCGUAAUUACACCAACUUCAACCACACAUGUCCGUAUCCGGCAAACGAGCCAAUCAAACUAUCAAACUAUGACAUUGAGGUCAAUGAAUUUCUAAGACGCUUUCCAGUGCAAAAUGGUUUGUACAUGGUGCAAUUGACAAUUGUGCGGAAGAAGAAAGUAAUUCUAUCGAUUAAUGGAACCAUAGAGGUCUUUGACUAUAGGAAUUCCUAA